AUGGAGCCGUCCCCCCUCAUAAAAGCCCACGACCAUGCUCGUGCCGCUGCGGUCGCAACAACAAGGCACUCAGCCGACACCACCGUCGCCAUCAACGAGCACACACUAGCGGCUGGGGAGUUUGCGACUGCUGCCCGGAGCACAUCGAGCAUCGAAGCGCUGCGGACCCUGAAGCUGCUGGAGGAACACCACAGGCGGCUGGCCGAGCUGCUCAACAUCCCUGAUCAACCUGCCCAACAUGCGACCGGCGACGAUGCCGAUGCGGGCAACGAGAAGGCACACCAGCAAAACACCGGAAAUGCCGUGCAUUCGCUCUCGCAGAAGGAAGCCUCUACGGAAACACAGGGGUCCAAGUCUCCGUCCAAACCUGGCCUGCCGCAGCCCCGACGCAUUGCCGCCCGCGAGAUGUCGUCGUCCAUCGCCAGCAACCUGGCAUCCGCUCGAGGGAUCAGGUCCAAAUAUAGAGCGCAACCUCUUACCCCCAGCGUCUCCAACGACGAGGCCCCGGGCAACCUCGACCCUCAUCCGCGACGUGACGGCUCCAAGAGCACCAUGCAGACACUCAUCGAGCAUCAGCCGGGCAAGCCGACCUGGAUACCGCCAACAGCGCAAAGCCCAUCGAAGAACGAUAACAAGGCCCGCCAGAAGCGGAAAGACGUCGCUUCUUCCACGGCAGACGCUUCUUCUGCGCAGUCCGACGAUGCUGGGUACAACCGAUUUUACAACACUUUCGGUAGUCUCAUCAAUCGCAUCUCCGCACCGCUUGCAUUUGCCAGUCUGCCCUUGAUCCAGGAAGAGUCGACCUUGUCAGAGGAGUCCCAGUCCUCUCCAGAGUCGUCCCGAAGCAAGCCCAGCAUUCGCGCCCGGCCAAUUCACGUAACGAGCGUAGAGCCGGACCUCACCAAGGUCAUCUCAAAGGCAACAAUGAAUGCGAUACUGAAGGAUGGAGUUGCGCCCAGCGACUCCUUUUAUGUCGUUCCCACCAGCGGGCACACAAUCUCUUAUGCCAACAUCCUCAGCUAUGCUGAGAAAGAGAAACGCCGGCUGGAGGCGUCAAGCCAUGGCUCGCUUGGGGGAGGCGACGAGGAGGAUGAUGAUUUCGUGGACGCUAAAGAAACUCCCACUUCACUCUCUCCCGGUGCGAAGCGCCGCGUCGGGCGGGCUCGCACGGACAAAGAACUCAGUAACACGAUCGAAGAGCUCUACACAGAAAACAAGUCCCUCAAGGAUAUGCUCGACAAGCUGACCAAGCGACUGCAUGCUUUUGAGGCAAGCGCCCAGAACAUGGCUGAGAGUUAUCGCAUGAUGCGGCCCGGAUCGCCCCUCUCCAACGCCAGCAGCAGCCGGGCCAAGGUGGCGGAUGAUGAGUAUUCAAUGAUGAAGAGGCACAUUGAGAAGCUCGAGAAGGAGAACAAAAAGAUGCAGAAGACGUUGGAUAAAUACCGUGAAAAGUGGGAGACCCUCAAGGCUGGCGCGAAAGCAAGGAGGGAGGCGCAAGGAGGCAGUGAUGCUGUCGAUGAUGCAGUUCCAAGUUGA